CCCCACAGGGGCUGGGCGACGUGCUGUUUUCCUCCAGGAGCUGCGCUGCUCACCCACCCCGCCUGGGCCCCAGAGUGAGGCCUGGUCUGGCUGGGGACCCGCCCAUUCCAGGCAGCUGCAGAAAUAGCUGAGGACACGCUGUCCCGGCCAAGAGCAGCGCAGCGCCGCGCCAGGGCGGGGGAAGGCUCUGACUUCUAAGAAUCUGAAAGACAAGCUGCCCCUGUUGAGGAAACUUGCUGGUCUGUGUUGCCCUGCUGCAGAGGGGUGUAGCCCCAGUAAGGGGGAACUUCAGGACUGGGGCUGGUCAGCCGCACCCAGCAAGCCAGGCUGUUUCUGCAGCCGCCUCUUCACAGCUGGGGUGGAUCAGGUGUACGGAGAACAGAGGCAGUAUGUCUGUCAGCCUGCUGGGUGACUGCAGGAUCGGAGACCAGCUUCUCUCCGCCUGCCCUCCUGAGCCGUCUAUGUGUGCUGUUACAGGCCAGCGCUCCUGCCCUGGUCUCGGUGAACUGCGCCAGACUGCGCUGUCGCUGUGGAAAAUCAGUUCUGUUCAAGUAGAACUCUCCAGGCUAGGCACCCGGAUCAUCUACGACCGGAAGUUCCUGUUGGACUGCCGGAACUCCCCGGUCGCACGCACCCCGCCCUGCUUCCUGCCGCAGAUCCCCGGCGUCACCGUGCCCGCGCUGGCGCCCCUGUCCAAGCUGCAGGAGCUCAAGGAGGAGCUGGAGGAGCCUGACAAGGAUGUGCCAGCUGAGGACAAUCAGUUCGAAAUGGACAUCUGACCUGCCGGCUGGCCGCUGAGGAAGAGACGGCUUCUCCCGUUCUUGUUUCAAGGAACCUUUUUGUUAUUUUUUUUAUCUUUGUGAAAACCGAAGGACAGUGCUCCAGCUCGGCAGCAGUGCCGGUGCUAAACGCUGCGUCUGGAGCUCGUGGGCUGGGUGGGUGGGGGGUUCGUUUUUCUUUUAAUGUGGUUGUUUUAUACAUUUGGUCAUGUUCUUUUUUUUUUUUUUCUAAGAAGAAAUGUGAAAUGGGUUGAUUGGAUAACCGUGUUUUAAGUUAGUCUUUGAAGACCUACUUGCGAUGUUACGGUCGGGCUGCUGUUCUGUCCUGCCCUCUUGUGAGAGGAACAGUCCCAGCUCCGUUUGCGGACAACUGACGAUGCGACUAACUGUUCUGCUCGGCAGCUGCUCAAUAAAAGACUGAAAAAGAAACUGGGACUUAA